AUGCUGACCACGUUGUAUGUGGCGCGGCAUGCGCAUCGCAUGAACCGCAGCCUUGCGAGUGCGGACGAUGCGGUGCCGCGCGACCCGCCGCUGACGGCGCGGGGUGAGGAGCAGAUCCACGACUUGGCCGCGUUUUUCGAGGGAUUGCCACCGGACGAAAAGCCGCAGCUCGUCCUCUCUUCGCCGUACACCCGAUGCAUCCGCACGGCGCUGCCGACCGCCGAGCGGCUUUCGCUGGAGCUGUGCAUUGAGCCUGGCCUGGCCGAGUGGUUUGGGCCGGUGUGGCCGCCCGAGUCGGGCCUGCAUCCGAGCCCACGGGCGGCCGAGCAUGUCGUGUCGCACUUUCCCCGGGUGUCUACGCGGUGGACGCCGCUACUCUACCCUGAUCCCCGUGGCGAGUCGAUCCCCGGCGUGCAUGCACGCGCACAGGCCGUCAUGCAGCGCAUCGACGCGCGAUGCCAGGAGUGGGGCGUCGAGCGCCUCCUGAUCGUGUCGCAUGCAGCGACCAUCAUCGCGUUGGGUCGUAUGCUACAAACACAAGGGUCCUACGAAGACGUGCGUGAUCGCGACAUUCGUGCGGGGACAGCGAGCGUGAGCAAGUACGUACGCUCGUCUCCGCACGAGGUGUGGCGCCAGGUGUACAAUGGCAACACAUCGUUCCUGCCACACGGCGAAGAACGCGCGUGGGACUUUGGCUUCGUGCCCGACAACACCACGGAGCCCGGCAUGGGUCCGCACUGGCACGAUGCCUAUGCGCCGCGCCACGCGCGCCUCAUUCACCGACCGAAGCUGUAA